AUUGCCGUGGAUCUCCAGGCGAGGGCAGGGUGUUUGAUGCUGUUUUUUCUUUCGAGAUCACACACUGUCUGCAAGACGCGGUUGUCUUAUUUAUUCAGUAGAGUCAAUAUUUUGUAUACAAUGCGAGAAGAAGGCUAUUCUAAAUUUUUAUGUAAAGGAGGAAAUAAAAGGCGUUCCGACAGACGGCGGCGUGCGCUUCUCACUACCGGAGCGUCGCCGUGCGCCGCAAGGGGGCGCCAUAACAGCGGCGGCUCCGCGGCGCUGCAGCUCCGGGCGCCCGCAGCGCGGCACCUGCGGGAGGCGCUGGGUUCCGCAGCUCCCCCGGCGUUUGCGUUCGAACCCCGCACUACCGCAGCCGUGGUGCCCGGGGAUCGUGAACAGCUGAGAUUCUCCCAUUCCCGGCAAGGAACCGCAGCAAUAUCAGCGCUUACCCCGUGUCUCAGCUUCGUUUUUAAGACCGGGCGCGGCAGCAGAGCCACGCGGAGCCGCGCACGGACCCGGAGCCGCCUCCGGAGCCGAACCCCUGCGGGGCGGAGCGGGCGCGGAGCCACCCCCGGGCGGUGGGACCGUAGUGGCAGCGCGGAGCCCAGCAGACGAGCAAAGACUUCCCCAGCCGAGGUGGUGCAGAAGCUCCUGAUCCAGCCCAGCAGGAGCUCGGUGCAGGUCGGGGACGUGGGACAGCCACUGCUCUCUGUGAGCAGCCGGGAGCUGCCACCCCCUUCAUGUUCUUUGUCCCAGCAGAGCAGCAUGCCACCGUCCCUUCUGCCAAGGCACGGCCCCACAGGAGGCUCUGGCCACCUCCAGGCGGGCAGCACUGGCCACAGUGAAGGCGACCCGCUCCCCCUACCCGGGGUAGAAGGGGAGGAGGAGAAGCCCCACUUUGCCCCCUGCGAGGCUGAUCUCCAGCUGCCCAACUUCUGCCCCAGCCUUCCCCAGGACUUCAUCCCCACGCUGGAGGAGAUCGAGGAGUUCCUGAGGGAGAAGGCUGAGUUCCUCAAGGAUGGAGUGAGCGAGCAGCACGUGGCUGGAGGGAAGGUCGGGGUCGAAUCUCAGACCAGUUCAGGUGGCUCUGGGGCACAGCCCGUUCAAGAAGAUGUCUCAGAUGGUUCCCAGCCUGGAGGGAAAGCUGAUGGGAGUGACCAGGCAGCGGCUACUGGGGACAUUCCCGUUGUCCUCCAGAUCCAGCCCCUCCAGCUGGAUAACAGCAGCCCGCUGGGGCAGCGUGGUGUCAGAGCGGCCCAAUGGGUUAUCACCUUGCAGCGACAAAACCUAUCCCUCCUGCCUCAGGUUCCGCCCCCCAGGACCCUCUGGGACAAAAAGUACAUCAAGAUCGCCCCACUGCCCAGCCCCACAAGAGUGGAGGUGCUGGGGGACGUGCAAGAAGGGGAGGCAGCCCCUGCGUGUCCGAGAGCCCCCGCUGUGCGUGUCCACAAGUGCUUGCACCCGGGCUGCAGCAAGGAGUACACCAAGAGCUCCCACCUGAAGGCCCACGUCCGCCGGCACACCGGGGAGAAGCCCUACACCUGCACCUGGCCCCGCUGCGGCUGGCGGUUCUCCCGCUCGGAUGAGCUCUCCCGUCACAAGCGCUCGCACUCCGGUGUCAGGCCGUACCAGUGUGCCGCCUGCCAGAAGCGCUUCGCCCGCAGCGACCACCUGGCCAAGCACCUGAGGAUCCACCGGGGCCAACUGGGAGGCACUGGGACGCAGGGCUGAGCCAGCGCCGAGCGAUCCUGGCGGUGGUGCGGGAAGGAGCAGCCAAGAGGGGAAACGAUUUUGUUUGCAGCAAGCGGUGUGUCGUGCCGCUGGGUGCAAGGGUGGGCUGCGUGCAGGGCGUGCUUCUUUCGAAUGCACGUGGUGGAAAUCUACUGGGUGCGCUGGAGUUCAACGUUGCUGCGGUGUGAGCGUGGCUUCAGCUCGCACAGCGCUGGAAGGGGAUCAGGAGAAGUGUAAGCAGCAGCAGCAGCAAAGCCCUGGGAGAGACGGGGAUGCAUGCAGACCUGCAGGAGAGCUGCACGCGCUGGCUGGGGGGGAGCGCUGCAGCUCGCGGCUUGCUGACGUCCUCUUUGUAUUUGACUUCUGGUUAAUUAAAGGCCAACUCUUUGCUGCCGUGCCAGCUUGCCGAGCUUUUGCAAACAUCUGGGAGGGAAUUGGGUGCUUGUACAAACAGAGAAUAAACGUCAGGAGUUGGAGCGAGGCGCUGUGCCCUUUGCAAAGUGAGGCGGUGUGCCCCUCCUACGUGGCUUUCCAGCGUGUCUCAAGCUGAUGUUUGGUGCCUCCAGGCUCUUUGAGACUUAGGUGUGCUUGUGCCAUUACCCCAGUGCUCUUCCAGGGCAGGACUUAGUGCACUUGUCCUGAGCUGCUGCUUCGGUGAGGAGAGUUGGGGUGUACCCAGAAGAAGGGCAGGGAAAUGGACUAAACCCUGUCCCCCCCACCUAAAGCAGAGCCUGAAGUCCUUGAUUUAUUCCACACCUAGAAUGUUUGGGGCUACAAGCACCAAAGAGAAGGGUCUGCUUCCCCUGUGCCUUCUGCUGUGUGAGAGCCACAGCUAGUGGCCCUGUGCUUAGGCUUCCAGCAAGCUGCUCUGCCCCAGCUGCAUGCUUUUUUUUGGAGAACACCUGCAUUGAAUUCCUAGUCUCCAGGCACGUGAGCGGGGGUUACGACAGAAAGCGCUGGAGCUGCUUGACUUCAGAGCCAAGCCUUCCCCAAAGGUCUGGGAGGGCUGGGUGCUGGAUGCUGGCUUAAACUCCUCCAUCCUUGGGUAGGUGUGGAUAAGUCUGAGCAGAAAGCUGCUGCCUGCAGCGGGGUUUCUUUCCGUGGAAGUGUGCAGCACCUGCAGCCUCAUGCUGACCUCAGCCAGAGCUCUCCCCUGUGGGGGCAUGGAACCCUCCUGCUGCUGCCCCAGCCGAGCGUGCCCAGGUGCCAGCAAGAAAUACCUCCCGAGCGAUGGUAACGCCGAGCCCUGAGCGACGAGCCGGGGCAGGCAGGUAUGCAAGGGCCUAUUUUUGGUUGCCUUUUGUGUGAGUGGAUUUUUGCCUGACCAGGAAUUCACUAAGUGCCCUUUCCUUGAGGGCUCUCUCCGGAGGCUGCGUGCCAGCGUGACUCAUGCCCGUCUCGUGCUUUCAUCUGUCCCCCUUUGCUCCUCUCCCUCGCUCCAGACUCUCCCAGCACCCUCCCUGUUCGCUUUGGACCUGCCCCAUCCUGCCUCCCUCUGUUUGCAGCCGAAGGCGACUGGGAAAGGCGCGUUUCCAAACUGGAGCAAGAAGAGCUGCGCCCCAGCCUUCGUGCCAGGCACUUCUCCCUUCUGCAGCAGCUAUUUGCUGAGCAGAUGCACGGGGUGGAUCCUCCGUGGAAGACGGGGCUGGGAGCGCUGGUGGUGGUGGCUUGCUUCUUACCUGGUUUGUUUUUGCCAUCCCUUUUAAGCAGACCGCAAAGGGAGGGGAGAGAUUUUUGUAAAAUAAAAUACUCCAGAUACAUA